AGGCAGCCGGGGAAGGCAGCGGGAGCUGCCCCGCAGCCAGAAGUUUGCUGCUAGGGGCUAAAAACAAGCAAACAAACAAAAAAAAAGGAAAUCAUUAAAUAAGCCGGUUAGAAUCCUAAAAACCUCCUAAGGAUCAUUCCCCUCCGCAGCUGCCCCGGAGGGAUGCAGGUGGAGCGAGGGCAGAGGGAACCCGCGAUGCUCAGCCAGCUCGCGGGCAGGACCCGGCUCCGGAGCGGGGCUAAAGCGGUGUCCGUGUGAACGGGAGCCCCGGGAGGGCCGGGCUGGGGCGGCGGGGACGCCUCUCGCCCUGCCCAGCCUGCGCGCAUCCUCCGGCACCGCCUGCGCUGGCCGAGCCGAGCCGGGGCCAGUCCGUGGCAUCCGAGGAGAGCGGUAGGAUGAGGGGCAUCCUCUGCUUCUGCACUCUGGUCCUCCUGGAAGGUAUGGCAGAAGCUGUCAGCUCAAGCAGGGACUGCCUUCAGGCAGGUGAGUCCUGCACCAACGACCCCAUCUGCAGUGCCAAAUUCAGGACUCUCCGGCAAUGCAUCGCAGGCAAUGGAGCCAACAAAUUGGGCCCCGACGCCAAGAACCAGUGCAGAAGCACUGUGACAGCCCUGCUUUCCAGCCAGCUGUACGGCUGCAAGUGCAAACGAGGCAUGAAAAAGGAGAAGCACUGCUUGAGUGUCUACUGGAGCAUCCACCACACACUGAUGGAAGGUAUGAACGUACUGGAGAGUUCCCCUUAUGAGCCGUUCAUCAGGGGAUUUGAUUAUGUCCGGCUGGCAUCUAUCACUGCAGGGUCUGAGAAUGAGGUGACUCAGGUGAACCGGUGUCUGGAUGCUGCCAAGGCGUGCAACGUGGACGAGAUGUGCCAGCGCCUGCGGACAGAGUAUGUCUCUUUCUGCAUCCGGCGCGUGGCCCGGGCUGACACCUGCAACCGCUCCAAGUGCCACAAGGCUCUGCGCAAGUUCUUCGAUCGCGUGCCACCCGAGUACACCCACGAGCUGCUCUUCUGCCCCUGUGAAGACACAGCUUGUGCUGAGCGCCGGCGGCAGACCAUCGUUCCUGCCUGCUCCUAUGAGUCCAAGGAGAAGCCCAACUGCCUGGCACCUCUGGAUUCCUGCAGGGAAAACUAUGUCUGCAGGUCACGCUAUGCAGAGUUCCAGUUUAAUUGCCAGCCCUCCCUGCAGUCCGCGAGCGGCUGCCGGAGGGACAGCUACGCCGCCUGUCUGCUGGCAUAUACAGGGAUCAUAGGCAGUCCCAUCACACCCAACUACAUUGACAACUCAACUUCCAGCAUAGCUCCCUGGUGCACGUGCAAUGCCAGUGGCAACCGGCAGGAAGAGUGUGAGAGCUUUCUGCAUCUCUUCACCAACAAUAUCUGUCUCCAAAAUGCCAUUCUGGCCUUUGGCAAUGGGACCUACCUGAAUGCAGCCAUGGCCCCAUCCAUCCCCCCCACCACACAGAUGUACAAGCAGGAGCGAAACUCCAACAGAGCUGUGGCGACCCUCAGAGAGAACAUCUUUGAGCACCUCCAGCCCACCAAGGUGGCCGGAGAGGAGAGGCUCCUGCGGGGCUCCACUCGUCUGUCUUCAGGGACAUCCAGCCCAGCAGCUCCCUCCCACUGGGCAGCCUCUCUGCUGCAGAUGUGGUUUCUCUUCACUCUUGCUGCGCUGAGCCUCUCUGUGAUGUGAAGCUGGGUGGCCACAUGCCAGGCAGAGACUCUUCGUGUUGGUUUCUUAACAAAACAACCAGAACAGUAACUUUUUCAGGGUGAGGGGGAGGGAGAGAGAGGUGUUAGGAAGGAGAGGUGAGCAUGUGGUCAUCCCUUCCUCCUCCUCACCCGUCUGCCAAUUUAUUUGAUUUUAUACGAUCAGCAUUGUUGACAACCAGCUCGUUCUUGGUCCUGGCCACCUUUCCAACCCACAGCUUGGUGGUCGUCUCUCCAGCUCUCUAUGGAUGGGGUCAAGCCGUGAACUAUUCCCUUGGAAAACAUUGAGAGAGUUGAUCCAAGAAAUGAGGCUGCAAAGGAAAUGCUUUUGCUUGCCUAAACCAAGAGAGGAAAGGCUUUGGAUGGAUGAGCUGUCAGGAAGUUUCCUGAAGCCCUGACUCAUGUUGGGGGGCUCUUGGCAGGACAUGUCAAAUGAUGUGGAGUUCAGACUGUCUCCAGGGUUCCUCAGGACCCAAAUGACAGCCCACCUGGUUUGGACUGAAGAAACCAGAGCACAGAGGAAAAGGUGGUUAUUUUUAUUCACCGGAGAGGAUCCUGAAGCACUUGUGGGGUGGAUCAAUUAACCACAUUAUGAACGGCCUUCUAGGGAUUAUCCACCUGCUUGAAACUGUGACCAGCGUGCAACCAGCAUGCAUCUCCAAGCUGUCACCUACUCCUUGGGCCCUCCUUUCUAGAGAAAUAUGUCAUGUAUUGAUGGUGUUCAGGAAGAAACACGUGUGUUGCGUUUUGUUUACAGCCGGCUUUCUUCGUGUCCCAACCCUAGCAUCUCUACUCACUGGUCCUGUAAAGUGCUCGGGGUAGGUAUUGUUUUGUCACAUCCAGGCAACCUGAGGCCAAUAUUGUCCCACUCCAAGCUAACCUUUUUCCAUGUGGGAUGAACAUGUGAGCCUCUGGGCAGGACUAGAUGCCAGCCAAACGCAACUACGUUCCCAUGUGCUACAUGUGCAUCCACCUUUGCAGAGAGGCAGAAGAUCUUCAGUCAGGGGUUUUCAUUAGUUAUGCAAGGAAGAGACUGAACAGAAGAAGUUUGUCACUCUGGGAACAUAAAUAUCCAGCCAGUUUUUGGAAAGACCAAGUAAUGGAUCAUGUGGAGUGGAUUGCUAAGGUUCCCCUCCUUGAAGAGCUGGUGGAAGAAAUUUCUCAUGUCUGACUUAGCACGUGAAGGACAUUGCCUCCUCCCAAGUGCUACUUCGUCAGCUGGGAGGUGGUUUAAGCUGGGGAAGUGACCCCCUUUACUGAGCUGCAGCCGGAGCCCAGUUGGAGGGUGACGAUAAAUGUCUUUCUGGUCUCUCGGGGCACAGGAAGGCAGAUGCGUGACCUUAUGUUAACCUGAGCACCCAGGGUUCAUCAUUUGAGGAGGUGAGCUGAAGACUCCCAGCGUCUUUUUAGGGGGAGUGAAUCCCUUGUUAGCUCAAACCAAGAAAGAAGAUGGUAAGGAAGCAUGAGAAGGUUUCCCAGGAUAAAUGCUUACCCAGGCUGACCACCACAGGAGGCACAGCAGCAGGUCCAGAUCCUCCCAUGGUAUUUGGGCUUGGGCUUUGCAACAGCCCAUUUAUUACUUGGUUUGUGUUCCUUCAAGGAACAUCAUUAGUUUCUUAGCAUUUGAAUGCAUAGAAAGGCUUGGCAGCAGCAAAGUCCAGUGCUUUCCAUCCACAUUCCCUGCAGAACCUCUUGCAUUCUUUUCUUGCUUCAGAUUUUGCUGAGAAACUGCAAGAACUUUCUUGGGUUUUGGUCUAAUAUGAAACCACUCUCAUCUCCAAAUGAACACCUGCGGAUGUGUAAGACACGCUGAAAAAUCUCCUGGCUGUGUCCCAUCCAAAGUUCUGUACCUGGAGGUCCUUGGGGCUAUAGCACCUGGUUGUCCUAACCCAGGGCUGUGUAAAGGGUCCUGGAAGGCACCAAAAUCCAAGUCUGGUUCUCAAGGUGCCAAAUCACACCCUGAACAGAACCUUGCAUGUGAGAUCUUCACUGUGAAGAGCUCACCCAGAUCACAAAAGCAGGCAGGGAGGUAGCACUACAGGCAGCCCCUACAUCCCUUCGAAAUGCCAUCGCUGUGCACUGGAACGCUGGGAAGAUCUUCCCUGCACCCAAGACAUUGGUGUCCUCCAAGAGACCAUGGAGCCAUUUGUGCACCAAGUGACACAACUACCAGCUGCAGCUCUGCAAGACUUGUGUCCUCUGAGCCACAGGCGAAGAGGGGAUUAAACUCUAAUGCUCAGUCCUUGAAAGGCAAGGAACUACCUCAACAUCAUGAGGUCAUGCUGUGAACUGCCUUCUUCUGCAGCUUUCCUUUCCAGUCCUGUAGUCAUGCCCUGACCUUCACACCUGGCCAGGAGCAAGCCUGUCUCCACCAGCCUUUAGUCUUCUUGCAUGGGCUGAGUGUCUGUUUAGGAUGGACACACAAGUGUCAGCUGCUUUCCAGGAGUACCCUGUCCUGCAGACUCUUCUCCCAUGUCUCUUAUAACUUACUGGUGGUGGUGGCGAAAAGCCACUCUGCCAUUUCCUUCUCCAAUUGAGACCCAGCAAAGAUAGACAUCUUCUAGGUGGUCAGGAUGACUGGCAACCCCACUUCAACUCUCCUGUAAGCCUGGUAUGUUGUGAAAAACAGAUGUGGGCAACCGUUCUCACAGGAUACUGAGGAUGGAGAAGGCCUCCAGAGGUUGCCUACUCCAUCACCACAUCCCACAGCAGGACCAAUGAUCUGUUUACACUUUCUGGCUGAUUUAUUUUAAGUUAAUUUUAAUGAUUCCAAUGAUGGACCUCAUCCCCCCUCGCUUAGGAUGUUACUUUUCUCUAAGCAUCACAAGCCCAAGCAGCUCUCAACUGUGGUGUCUUCUCAAAUCCUCAGUUUUGGGAGGGUGGCAGACCAAAGUGCCCUGAGACGGUGGAAGGUGACAGCCCUACCAUGGAUCAUAUCACAUGAGAAGGUCAAAACCCAGGGGAGCUGUGGCUGCCCCAUCCCUGGAGGUGUUCAAGGCCAGGUUGGAUGAGGCUUUGAGCAACCUGACCCUGUGGGAGGUGUCCCUGGCAGAGGAGUUGGAACUGGAUUGGCUUUAAGGUCCUUUCUAACUCAAGGUCUCUUCUCCCAAGUGAUAGGUGAUAGGACAAGAGGGAAUGGCUUUAAGCUGCGUCAGGGGAAGUUUGGAUUGGACAUUAGGCAAAAUUCCUUCACAGAAAGGGUUCUCGGGCACUGGCAGAGGCUGCCCAGGGAGGUGGUAAAGUCAUCAUCCCUGGAGGUGUUUAAAAGGCAGGUAGAUGAGGUUCUUGGGGACAUGAUUUAGUAGUGGGCGUGUACGAUUGGAGUUGAUGAUCUCAAAGGUCUUUUCCAACCUAAUGAUUCUAUGACUUCCAUAACCCAAACCGUUCUACGAUCUGUUGGGUUCCCCGCAAAAAUCACGCAGUGAGUUAGUGGAAAUGGGUGUCUGCUGGAGGGGUUUCCUACUUCUGCCCUUCGUUGAGGUACCUCAAAAGCAUCUGCAGAAUUCCGAUUACAGGUCUGCUCUCUCAUCCUCAGCCUUUGUCCUGUGCUGUGAGUUUGGAAACAGUGUCCUUCUAGCACUCUUCCAGACCAGUCCAUGCUCUCCCAGGGGUUCCCUGUGGUCUGGGGAUGCUUUGAAAUGAAGCGACACUGAGCAACGAGCUUCUUGCCCAGCAGGGAAGAGCCAGGGAGAGUGGGAUGUGCAGAAUUAAAACAAAAUCAUCCCAAAACCUGCAUGACUUUUUUUCCUGAUCAUUUCACCCUUUUUGCUAAUUUUAAUGUCACUUCUUCCUCCAAGCCUGUUCACAAAAGAAAAUUUCUGAAAAAAAAAGAAGGUGGCUUUUGCACCAUCUUUUGGAAGCAGGAAACCCAAUGACGUGUCUCCUCUCGCGAACCACGUGCGUGCACAGGGCAUUUCUUUUCCCUUGUGAAAAGUCAGUGACUUUUUUGGAUGAAAUCUCAGCUCUGCUGAACUCUAAGUCAACCGUGGACAUUCAUUUUUAAGCCUCUUGACCAACCACCAAAGUCCCAGCAGCUGUUUGUAAAGGCAAAGGGCUGAGUGAGCCAAGAAAGAGAAAGGGAGACAGGGUUUUUUUUAGGAAAAACUCCCUGUUUUGAGGACUUUCAUAAGCACAAAGAAGAGUCACGAGAAAGAAAGAACCAGCCAAACUUUUGGUAGCCACUGAACUCUAUUUUCUUGGCUGCUCAUCACCGUUCCCAGUGGUUUGGCAAUCCUGAAAGCUGGUGAAAUAUUGUGUACGUAUAAAUACCACAUCAUCACCAAAGCGAGACUGCAAGAAGGCAGGGAGGGAUGGUGGCAGGGAGAUGAUGCUGGAGCAAUAAUCCCAUGGGUAGCAGAGGGAUGCUAAAAUCUGUGUGCGCGCAUGUAGGGGACUAUGGUUGAUGUCUGCCUCUACUACUGGGAUGUAACUUGUACUUAUCUCUUCUGUACAUGUCAAUAUUCAAACAUAUCCAUGAAUAAAGCACACAUGCAUUUUUCCUGACCCUC